GUCCUAAUAAACAGUACAGUGCUAUAUUUUUGACAUAGUAUUCAGUAACAUAGCAUGCGGUUAUAGCGAUAGACCGUGGCCGAAUCCCAAAUACAGCUUUCAUGGACUUGUAGUGCACUAGAUAGGGUUAAGAGUCUGUUUACUCCCUACGCUGCAGAGUGCACAGUGUGUAGUGGAGUAGGGCGGUAUUUGUGAUUCCGCCCUUGUCUCUGAUUGAACUGCUAAGUUUCGCUAGCGCCGAACCGAGCCGCGCUCUUUACAUCUCCGGUGUUAUAAAUGGCUCGUUUAAAACUCUUCUUGUGACGGAAUAUCUUAUUUCUACGCUCCACUUGAUUCGUGUUGAUGUCUUUAAACCCGACAGCUGCAAAUUUGAACGUUUUUAAUUCUCCCCAGAUCUUCUGGGUCCUGAUGUGGCCACGCGGAGGUUUAGUGCAGCGGACAAGCUGAAGAGCUCUGGCUACUGGACCCGAGACCCACACACACUUGCGCACAGAGAGACACAGACUGACGUGCAUAGAUUUCACCGGAGCCUCAUAGCCACCCUGUUGCCAUGUCGACCUCAUCACUAAGGCGGCAAGUGAAGAAUAUCGUUCACAAUUACUCUGAAGCCGAGAUUAAGGUCAGGGAAGCGACUUCCAAUGACCCAUGGGGUCCGUCCAGUUCUCUGAUGUCAGAGAUUGCCGAUCUGACAUAUAACGUCGUGGCCUUCUCAGAAAUCAUGAGCAUGGUGUGGAAGAGACUCAACGAUCAUGGGAAGAACUGGAGGCAUGUGUAUAAGGCUAUGACUCUUAUGGAGUAUCUGAUUAAGACGGGUUCAGAAAGAGUGGCGCAGCAAUGCAGGGAAAACAUCUACGCUGUCCAGACACUCAAAGACUUCCAGUACAUCGACAGAGACGGAAAAGACCAGGGUGUAAAUGUAAGAGAGAAAGCCAAGCAGCUGGUGAUUCUUUUGAAAGAUGAGGAAAGGCUGCGGGAGGAGAGGAUCCACGCACUCAAGACCAAAGAGAAGAUGGCACAGACCUCAAGUGCGUCUUCGGCUCCCUCGGCUCCUACUUUAGGACUGCACCCGGGUCCGGAUUCAGAACAGGCGUGGCCACAGAGCUCAGGGGAGGAGGACCUCCAGCUGCAGCUGGCACUGGCCAUGAGCAAGGAGGAGGCAGAGCAGUCAGAGAUCCUAAUGAAUACCCAGACUAGUGCUGACCCUCUGGAGGAUGCAGAACUCCGCUACGCACUCACGAUCAGCAAGGAGGUUCACCAAGAGGAGGAGCGUCUGCGCAGGGGGGAUGAUCUAAGGCUGCAGAUGGCCAUCGAGGAAAGCAAGAGGGAGAAAACCAAACCAGAGGAGUCCUCUCUGAUGGAGCUGAGUGCUGUAGAUCCGUGGGGAGCACCAGCAGCUCCAGGAUCCUCUGGCCCAUCUCCUCCUCCGUCUGUGACUCCUGCCCCUUCAACAGGACCCUGGGGCCAUAGUGACCCCUGGGGCGCGGCGUCUCCUGCUUCUCCUCCUGGUACUGACCCGUGGGGGGGGAGGCCACCUUCAGUGGCCCCUGCUCCAGACCCAUGGGGGGAAUCUUCAGCAGUGAAUUCUGACCCCUGGGCAUCUACAGCCGUCACCCCUCCUAGUAGAGACCCCUGGGCUCCAUCAGUGCCUGCAGCCCCAACCUCACUCUCAGGGUCGUCUGAUCCCUGGUCUGGGGAAGGGGUUGCCCCUGCAAUUGAUGCUCUGACUUCUGACCCCUGGAGUGGUCCCACUAAACACACAAAUGGCACAGGAGAUCCAGACAGGAGAGGCUCCUCAGUAACAGGUAGUGAUGCAGGCGGUGGAGGAAGCACAGGCUCUCCGGUGCCAUUUGACCUCUCGUCACUCGGCUCCUCGCUACCGGUUCGGAAAACGCCAGAGUCGUUCCUGGGGCCCAACGCAUCACUGGUGGAUCUGGACUCCCUCGUAUCAUCCAAACCCAAACCCAGACAGACUCCUCCAACCAUGACUUCAUCUCACAACCCUUUUCUUCAGUCACAGAGCCCCUCACCUGGGCCGGGUGUGGCAGUCACUCCUGGCAGCACCAUUUCCAGCCGGGGGGUGUCACCAACACCGGCUUCAUCUUCAAACCCUUUUGGUGUGACCCCAAUGGCUUCCAUUUCCCCUCAGCCUUCCUCGCUUGGUCUAAGCCAAUUACGUACCAGUCCUGUCCCUCCUAACCCUAUGCUGAGCCAAAUGCCUACAAUGGGAAUGGUUCAGCCAGGGAUGAGCGUGCCAGGAAUGGGGGUCCCUAUGGUGGCCCCUGGCAUGAGCAUGGGAAUGGUACAGUCCAGUCCGAUGGGAAUGCCGUUCAGUGGAAUCUCUCCCAUGGGCCCUGUAGGAAACUCUGUGCUGAUGGGCUCAGGGGGAGUCACUCAACCAGCGCUGGUUUUGGGUGGUCCAUCGGGAGUAGGCGGGGUUAUGGGUGCCGGAGGAUCUGUGACAGGGGGUGGGGCUACAGGUGCAAGCACCAAUCCGUUUCUUCUCUGAGAAAUUUCACAGCUCCCCUUCUUACCUUUCCACUUGAAGAACUUGCCCCAUCAACAGUGUGCAACAUGAGAAAAUGUGUGUACAUCAUUAUAUUUAAAGCAUUUCAGAUUACACUUUA